AGCAAUUGUGGAACUAUGGCAAGAGUGUGGCAUUCCAUUGGCGUUGUAGCCAUUUGUGUCUGCUUUAGUGCAGUCUGCAAUGCAGUGCCUUGGUGGUCAGGAGCAGAGAAACCACAAACUCCAGCUUCCCAGAUGUCACAGCAGCAGCAGCAGCAGUUCCAACAGCAAUCUGCCCCACAGAGAUACGAGCCAAAGCAGCCACUGCCACUUAAGGCUGAACCGUUCCAGAGGUGUGACGUGGAUGACUUUGAUAAGGUGCAUUGUGGUGAACCUGACAUUACUGCUGCUGAGUGUGAAUCUAUAAACUGCUGUUUUGAUGGCCGGAAAUGCUAUUAUGGGAAGGCAGUGACCGUGCAGUGUACCAGGGAUGGUCAGUUUGUGGUGGUGGUAGCCAGGGAUGCCACAUUACCUGAGCUCAGUUUGGAUUCCAUCAGCUUGUUGGGUGGAAGUGAUGCCCCCUGCAGUCCUGUUGGCACCACUGCAGCCUUUGCCAUAUUCCAGUUCCCCGUCACAGCGUGUGGGACCACCAUGAUGGAGGAAGGUGACGACUACAUCGUCUAUGAGAACAUCAUGUCCUCUUCCUACGAAGUGGGGGUCGGCCCCCUCGGCUCCAUCACCAGGGACAGCCAUUUCGAGCUUCUCUUCCAGUGCAGGUAUUCUGGUACUGCGGUUGAGGCCCUGGUUAUUGAGGUCAACACAGUUCCUCCACCCCCUCCGGUGGCUGCCCCUGGCCCCCUACGAGUGGAACUGAGGCUGGCGAAUGGUGAAUGCUUCGCAAAGGGAUGCGUGGAAGGCGACGCAGCAUAUACCUCGUACUACAGUGACGCUGACUACCCAGUCACAAAGGUCCUACGGGAACCAGUGUAUGCGGAAGUGCGUGUUUUGGAGAGGACCGAUCCCAAUCUUGUCCUGACCUUGGGUGACUGUUGGGCGACAUCUACCCCCAGCUCUGAAAGCGUACCUCGUUGGGACCUCCUUGUGGAUGGGUGUCCGUACCGGGAUGACCGUUACCUGACUAAUCUGAUCCCAGUGGAUGGGUCCUCCGGGCUUCAAUUCCCAAGCCACUACAAGCGCUUUGUCCUAAAGAUGUUUACCUUUGUGGAUCCUGAGUCCCUGGUUCCUUUGCAGGAGCAGGUGUUCAUCCACUGUAAUACAGCUGUGUGUUCUCCAUCCGCCAACCAGUCCUGUGAGAAGCAGUGCGGCAGGCAGAGGAGGCAUGCUGAUGCAGUAAAAGGUGCUGCCCAAGAGACCUUGGUGUCUAGUAAGGGAGUGAUCUUCAUCCCUUGAGGGAUGUCUGCUUCACCUGAUGGCCGAUUAUACUUGCUUAUUCCUUUUCUGAAUAAAGGAGGUUGCCUU